UGGGUAGUAGUGUCUCUUCCUCUCCACGCGGUGGAACUGACUGGUCGGCCUCAGUUGCUUGUGCUGAAAGAUGCCGGGGAAACUCCUUAGUGACGUGGAUUUGGACUCAGACACGGCCACGGAAAAACUGGAGACACCGCGAAAGCAGAAUGCGAAGAAGGGUAAAAAAGAGAAGCCAAAGUCUAAUAAGACUGAAGAGGCAACAGAAGUAAAGGAAGAAACUAUUUCCCCCAAAGCCAAAAAAAUUAAAAAGAAAGCCGAGUCUUCUGAGAUUGACAUGAAUUCUCCUAAAUCCAAAAAGGCAAAAAAGAAAGAGGAGCCAUCUCAGGAUGACAUUAUUUCUCCUAAAACCAAAAGUGUGAAGAAACCAAAGGAGUCCUUUGAAAAGAAAGUUGUUUCUCCUAAAACCAAAAAAGUAAUGAAAAGUGAGGAGCCUUCUGAAGAAGAAAUAGGUGCUCCUAAGCCGAAGAAGAUGAAAAAAGAAAAGGAAAUGAAUGGAGACAUUGGAGAGAAAAGCCCCAAACUGAAGAAUGGAUUCCCUCAUUCUGGACCUGUCUCUAACUCCAGUGAAGAAAGUAACAGUGAAUUAGAGCAGGAAAUACCUGUGGAACAAAAAGAAGGAGCUUUCUCUAAUUUUCCCAUAUCUGAAGAGACCAUUAAACUUCUCAAAGGCCGUGGGGUGACCUUUCUGUUUCCGAUACAAGCAAAGACAUUUCACCAUGUCUAUAGUGGAAAGGACUUAAUUGCACAGGCACGGACAGGAACCGGGAAGACCUUCUCCUUUGCCAUCCCUUUGAUUGAGAAACUUCAGGGAGAACUACAAGACCGGAAAAGAGGCCGUGCCCCUCGGGUACUGGUUCUUGCACCCACAAGGGAGUUGGCCAAUCAAGUAAGCAGAGACUUCAGUGACAUCACAAGAAAGCUGGCAGUGGCUUGUUUUUAUGGUGGAACUCCCUAUGGAGGUCAAAUUGAACGCAUGCGGAAUGGGAUUGAUAUCCUGGUUGGGACCCCAGGUCGUAUCAAAGACCACCUGCAGAAUGGCAAGCUAGAUCUCACCAAACUUAAGCAUGUUGUCCUGGAUGAAGUUGACCAGAUGUUAGAUAUGGGGUUUGCUGAUCAAGUGGAAGAGAUUUUAAGUGUGGCAUACAAGAAAGAUUCGGAAGACAAUCCCCAAACAUUGCUUUUUUCUGCAACCUGCCCUCAUUGGGUAUAUAACGUUGCUAAGAAAUACAUGAGAUCUACAUAUGAACAGGUGGACCUCAUUGGUAAAAAGACUCAGAAAACGGCAAUAACUGUGGAGCACCUGGCUAUCAAGUGCCACUGGACUCAGAGGGCAGCAGUUAUUGGGGAUGUGAUCCGAGUAUAUAGUGGUUUUCACGGACGCACUAUCAUCUUCUGCGAGACCAAGAAAGAAGCCCAGGAGUUGUCACAGAAUGUGUCCAUAAAGCAGGAUGCCCAGUCAUUACAUGGAGAUAUUCCUCAGAAGCAGAGAGAAAUCACUCUGAAAGGUUUUAGAAAUGGUGAUUUUGGAGUUUUGGUUGCAACCAAUGUUGCUGCUCGUGGGUUAGACAUCCCUGAAGUUGAUCUGGUUGUACAGAGUUCUCCACCAAAGGAUGUGGAAUCCUACAUUCAUCGUUCUGGAAGGACGGGCAGAGCUGGAAGGACGGGGAUUUGCAUCUGCUUUUAUCAGCACAAGGAAGAAUAUCAGUUAGCACAAGUGGAGCAAAAAGCGGGAAUUAAAUUUAAACGAAUAGGUGUUCCUUCUGCAACGGAGAUAAUAAAAGCUUCCAGCAAAGAUGCCAUCAGGCUUUUGGAUUCUGUGCCUCCCACUGCCAUUGGUCACUUCAAGCAGUCAGCUGAGAAACUGAUAGAGGAGAAGGGAGCCGUGGAAGCCUUAGCAGCAGCACUGGCCCAUAUUUCAGGUGCCACGUCAGUAGACCAGCGCUCUUUGAUCAACUCAGAUGCGGGCUUUGUGACCAUGAUCUUACGAUGCUCGAUUGAAAUGCCAAACAUUAGUUAUGCUUGGAAAGAACUUAAAGAGCAGCUGGGUGAAGAAAUUGAUUCCAAAGUGAAGGGAAUGGUUUUUCUCAAAGGAAAGCAGGGGGUUUGCUUUGAUGUCCCUACUGCAGCAGUAACAGAAAUACAGGAGAAAUGGCAUGAUUCACGUCGCUGGCAGCUAUCUGUGGCCACGGAGCAACCAGAGCUAGAAGGACCACGGGAAGGAUAUCGAGGCUUCAGGGGACAGCGGGAAGGCAGUCGAGGCUUCAGGGGACAGCGAGAAGGAAACAGAAGCUUCAGGGGACAACGGGAAGGAAAUCGAAGCUUCAGAGGACAGCGAUCAGGAGGUGGCAACAAAAGUAACAGAUUCCAAAACAAAGGCCAGAAGCGGAGUUUCAGUAAAGCAUUUGGGCAGUAAUUUCAAAUAGAGGAUUCAUACGGCAACAUGGAACUGAACACUGAUUUUCCUAUGAAGUUAAAAGCACAUGUGUUUCCUUCUUGACCACUUGCCUUGUCCCCAUCUCUCCCAGAGAGACAAGCUUCAUGGAAAUUAUUUCCAUCUGAUGAUUAUCACUUGUAACUAUUGCUGUUUCUGUAUUAGGUUUCUCUUUUGAAAAGAUGUAUGAAUUCGUAAUAUUUUUAUUCUGAUGCAUUGUCUGUAGGUUACAAGACCAAGUCAAGCAUGUAUUUGCCCAUACUUUUUAAGUUGAGGUGUCUCUGUAUUUAAAUAGUGUCCUUCCCUGAAUACCUAUGGGGAAUGCAGCAGUCUCUGGAGAGGCACUCUGAGCAGUCGAGGCUUACCUGUAAUUGGCAUUCUUCAGCCACCUGCCUAACAGUGACUCACGUGGUCCUGUAACAUGUCCUCUGAGAAAUAGUACUGAGCAAUGUUUUGAAGCAAUAUUUCAAAAUUGCUGGGAUGCAAUACAUUUUAUGCCAGCAUGUGCUCUAGAUUUGAAGAACAGUGAUAAAUUUGAUGGGAGACAUUAUGUAGAUUAGCCAUCAUUAUGUACAUUUUGAUACAUUUUUAACUCUUCAAUGUAAGCUGAAUUCAUGCUUCAGGAAUUCUUCACAGAUUUUAUCUAUUUAUGUAUAUAUAAAGAAGUAUUUUAAUAAAAAACAAGUGUCUUUAAGGAAUUCCAAAUGUAUAAGGUGGCCCUGUAACUUUCUUUGUAAGUAAGGAGGCUGAAUAAUAGGUGCUUGAUGAUAAUGUACUCCACUUCCUGUUGGAAGAUUAACAUUAUUUACCAAGAAGGAAUUAAGGGAGUGGGGGGCAGAGAUUUGCAUUGAUGACAAGAGUCAGGAAAUCCACUGAAAAUAUUUUUUACAUGUGAGAAAGAAACAUUCAUCUCAAGAGCAAAGAAAGGAGCAAGUGAAAAUACAUGAAAAGCAUUCUUUUCAUGGUAAACAACAGGUCAUUAAUGUUUCUAGAAAUUGACUUCUAAUGGGUAAACUGGAGUUUUAGGUAGAAUGAUCCAAUGGUUUCUCAGAGGCCUAGUUCCUAUAGUCACAGUAUAGGAUCUAUUUCUGUUAGACUGCCAUUCCAUUGAAAGGUUUUAGCUGCUUAGAGACUUCCUUUUAAGAUAAUCUGUGUAUGGUUAUUUUUGGUUGUAGCUUUGAGGGAACUGACAAAUUUUAUAUAGCCCCUGGUCAGGUAACUCUGAGUUCUCAAAUACUACUUCUUUGGGAAACUUUCUGCAUGGUGCAGGAGCUUAAGAGUGGCAUUGUUUUCUUGCCUUAAUUCCUAGAAAUUCUGGACUGGGACUCUCAGGGAAUAAACUCUGAUAGGAGAAGUUAAAA